AUGGCUAAUUUCCAUGGAAUCAGCCCCGCUUUGUGCAUGCAUAGGACUUUCAUGGAAGAAGUACAUAAGGCUAGUGCACAACCACAGCGCCGAUUGAACCCUGUCAUAAAAGAGGUGGUGAAGGAAGAGAUAAUUAAGUGGAUAAAUGUAGGCUUAAUAUAUCCAAUCUUUGACAGCUUUGAACUCUUCAAUAAGAGGCUAACUGAAGCCCCAAUCCUGAUAGCUCCUUACUGGGAGCAACCCUUUGAGCUGAUGUGCUAUGCGAGUGUCACAGCAGUGGGAGUAGUGGUAGGACAAAGAAAGAAGAAAAUAUUUCACUCUAUCUACUAUGUCAACAAGACUCUUGACUCAGCUCAAGCUAAUUACAUUGUGACAGAGAAGAAGAUGCUCGAAUUGGUCUAUGCGUUUGAUAAGUUCUGCUCUUACUUGGUAGGUACAAAAGUGAUUGUUUAUACUGACCAUGUAGCUCCCAGGUACUUGUUGGACAAGAAGGAUGCCAAACCCAGAUUAAUCAAAUAG